CUCGGCAGCAUCCCACUCCUGACCUGCAGCCUUGCUCCACCUGUGUUCCCCUCCUGCUGGAUAUAUGUUGAAAUGUGUGCUUGCUUUUUGGUUAUUUGUGUGAGGGCCCCCACUUUUGUGUCCCGCAAGCCACAGUGGCUCCAGCUCCUUCUUCUUGCUCUGCCAAUCAUCCUUGGCUCUUUCAACCUGUGCUGUGUCUUCUGUCCCACCAACAAUAAUGGACACCAACUGUCUCAGAAGGAAACCAAGAAUCUCUCUUGGAGGCUUGAAUGUACCUGGAGACCAAGAUUUCUUCAAACAAUGGAAGAUUACCAGUAAAUAUUAAUUAAGCAGAGAGAAAGCUGCUAAUGUAAUAGAGCAAAAACUAUGAAGAAACCCUGGAGUCCUAGUUCAUCCCAAGACAAUGUCCCCUGUGCUGCAGAUUUCACUUGUUUGCAUGAAAGAGAAAAUGUGGCAGAAGUAACACCUGAUGACAGUGAGGAAAAGAAAGAGAGAGAGAAGAAACAUGCCAGUUUUACUUUGUGCAGUGUGUGCAACAUUCAGCUGAACUCAGCUGCUCAGGCACAGAUCCACUAUAAUGGGAAGUCACACCAGAAACGAUUGAAACAGCUCAGCAAUGGGAAUCUAAAAACCGAACAUGGGGGUACAUGCCAGAGCCCAGCUCUUCCAGCCCUGGUACGUCCUCCGGCCCCACCCUUACAGCCUUCGCUGGAUAUCAAACCCUUUCUUCCAUUCCCUCUGGACACUGCAGCAGCUGUCAAUCUCUUCCCCAACUUCAAUGCAUUUCAGAACAAGAACAUGCACAUCUCUUGGCCACAGUUCUGCAACUCACUUAUGUCCAAAAAAGUGCCAGGGCUGGCUCUGGGUAGAGAAGAUUCAAAAGAGAUGGACCCGAUUCAAAAAGCUGUAAUAAAUCAUACCUUUGGGGUUCCUCUUCCUCACAGGAGAAAACAAAUCAUAUCGUGCAACAUUUGCCAGUUAAGGUUUAAUUCAGAUAGCCAGGCUGCGGCCCACUACAAAGGCACUAAACAUGCCAAGAAGCUCAAAGCACUGGAAGCCAUGAAAAAUAAGCAGAAAUCUGUUACUACCAAGGACAGCGCAAAGACUACCUUCACUUCCAUCACUACCAAUACCAUCAAUACCAGCUCUGACAAAACAGUGCCUCAGACUGGGAAGGGAAAAAGCAUCUUCGUAAUGUCGGAUGGAGCACAGAUAGUGGAUUUCCCCCAUUCUUGUAAUAAUGAAAAGCAUCGCAGGCAGCCGGUAAAAGCAGACAACACAACGGAGGCACCAGCAAUAUCAACCACCACGACAGUUGAAAUUCGGAAAAGCAAUGUGAUGACGACUGAAGUCACCCCAAAAGUCGAAAAGCUCCCUACAACAGUCACCAGCAGCAAUGCCUGCUCCUCAGGAGAGACAGAGGAAGAAAAGGCCAAACGGCUGCUUUACUGUUCACUAUGCAAGGUUGCUGUCAACUCCGCCUCACAGUUGGAGGCACACAACAGUGGCACAAAGCACAAAACUAUGCUAGAAGCGCGAAACGGGAGUGGAACUAUCAAAGCCUUCCCCAGAGCUGGCGUCAAAGGGAAAGGACCCAUUAACAAAGGAAACACGGGACUUCAGAACAAAACAUUUCACUGUGAAAUUUGUGAUGUGCACGUAAACUCUGAGACACAACUUAAACAGCACAUAAGCAGUAGAAGGCACAAAGACAGAGCUGCUGGGAAGCCCCCGAAACCCAAAUACAGCCCCUACAACAAACUCCAGAAGGGAACGCACCCACUUGGCGUAAAGCUAGUAUUUUCAAAAGAACCUUCCAAACCAAUGGCUCCACGAAUCCUACCAAAUCCAUUGGCAGCGGCUGCGGCAGCUGCUGCUGUGGCUGUAAAUUCCCCUUUCAGUCUUCGAACGGCCCCACCAGCAACCCUGUUUCAGACUUCAGCUCUUCCUCCAGCACUUCUUCGACCUGCGCCCGGGCCUAUACGGACCACCCACACACCCGUCCUGUUUGCUCCAUACUGAACUCCGCCAAGGAAUUAAUUGUACUGCAAUAAUUUUUCAGAGCAAAAGCAAAACGAGAACUAUGAACUAUGCAGUGUUAAUUUAUAGUUUAAAGUUUAAAUAAAUAAAUAUAAAUAUAUAUAUAAGUGAAGAGCUAGGAACUUUUGAUAGAGACCUGAACAAAUUCUAAUGAGGGGAAAGAGGCAGCAUUUUCUCCAGCUGAGAACUCCUCUUGAGUACUGGCCAUUUAAGCAGCAAUCCUGCAACAUUGGUUCAUAAUCAUACAUACACAGACAUAUAUAUAUAUAUAUUAAAACAAUGUAUGAAGUCAUUUUGACUGUGCUUUUUGGCACGUAUCUCCCCUGCAAUGUCUUUCCUGCUUACAAAACAACCGAACAGAAUUGUCUAAAGGGCAUUAACUGGUUCCACUGUACAUAAAAUACUUAAUUCUGUAGAAUAAAGGCGAGGGGAAAAACAGAAACACUGUGAAUAGUAGUACUCUUACCAAUGCUCCUGCCAAGUCAGCAUUUCCUGGGUAUUUAUACGAGUGAAAGUGCUGUAGGUACAAUAGAUGUCUUGUUAUGCACUAGUAUUGUGUCUGUAAGUAUGUCACCAGGUUCAUAAACUGAGGAGACAUGAAUCCAUCAUCCUUGUUGAUAAACCUCCACAAUGAUCACAAGUCCUUCCCACAAUCAUAAGCAGCCACCCUAUGCAUCUUUACACUGGAGUAAACCCCACAGUAUGUACUAGGAUGUACUUCUGAGUAAAUAUGCAUAGGACAAUCAUCUCUUUCCUGCAUUCACAUUUUCCAGUUAGCAUCAUUUGAAAGAGAAAAUAAUUUCAGUGCAAGCAGUUUAAGAGCAACAUCAGAAGCAUCUCGAGUAAGGUUUCUGAGACAGAAUGUGGAAACGUUAUUUUUUUUAAAAAAACUGCAGUUCCCAUAAUUCCCCGGCAAACUGUAGUCCAGAAAAUUAACCUUUACUUUCUUCUUCAGUUCUUUCAUAACAAUAGCUCUUCUACCCUGCCCCACUUGCCUCAUCACAAUCUGCUUUUAAAUUUUCCCAACAUUUUCUAUCAGAAUACCAUGUUAUUAUUUAUGUGCCAUCAAGUCAAUUCUAACUUAUAGUCACC